GCUUCGUACGGAUUGGCUCCUCCGUCUUUCGCUACGGUCCCGUAAAGUGCAGCGAAGUCAAGAGGAAGUAGUUUUUAAAAUGGAAAUAUAACCCGAUUAUUUUGACCAUCUGUUAAGCUGUCUUACCUAUUCAGUCAUGCCCACUUAGCCUCCUCUACGGGGGGAAGAUGAGGAGAUGGAGGCGGACAGACAGCAACUCAACCAGAUAAACGGACGUUUGGAGGCAGUCAACAAUGGAGAAGAGAACAUGGAGGAGAGUGCUGAAGAGAGGGAGAGUGACUCUGAGGAGAGCGAUGAGGAAGAGGAGGAAGAGGAAGAAGAGAGUUCAGAGAUGGACGAUGAGGACUGUGAGAGGAGGAGAGGAGAGUGUCUGGACGAGAUGGGGGAUCUGGAGAAACAGUUUCAGGAUCUGAAGGAGAAGUUGUUCAGGGAGCGAUUGAAUCAGGUGAAGGUGAAGCUGGAUGAGGUUCUGACUGGCACCGCAGGAGAGUACAAAGAGCCGCUGGCGGCGCUGCAGAAAAGCAUGCAAAUCAGGACUCAAGUAGCAGGUGUGUAUCGGGAGCUGUGUCUGCAGGUGAUACAACACAAAUACGACUGUGAGCUCCAGGGAGCUAAACAGCACCUUGAGAGUGAGCGCUCCCUCCUGUCAGAUGUCAUGAGGUCAGAGCUCCUGGAGAAGAUCAGAAGACUGGAGGAGGACAGACACAGUCUGGACAUCACCUCAGAGUGGAGCGAUGAGACAAGAGGCAAAAAGUUUCCAACACGAAAUCCUUUUGGAAGAAAGAGAAAAGUGUCUCUGGUCUCAGGACCGUUUAUUGUCUACAUGCUGAGGGACAUCGACAUCUUGGAAGACUGGGCCGCCAUCAAGAAGGCCAAAGCAGCUUUGACACCACUAAAGAAGAAAGUUGACAAACGAUGACAGAGGAGAGAGGAGAGAGGGCGCCACGUUCCCGACACACCCCCUGCUGCUUUCUAUUUAAAACAAUCUAUUUAUGAAAUAAUUCAAGCCCAUAAUUAAAUUUUAAUCUUUUAUGA